AUGGACUCGACACCGACGACUCCGUCGCUUGCCGACUCGUUCGGCCUCACUCCGUCCGGCAAAAAUCGUUAUUUUACGGCGGAAGAGGACAACAACAUGUGGAAGUUUCUUAUUGCCAAAAUAAAUGAAACGGCGACGUUCGCCAAGCUGUGGGAGGACUAUCGCACCGAAUACGGCACGCUCCGCUCUGCCAAAGGCUUGUCGUCGAGGUAUUGUUUUGAAAAUAUAUUUUUCUCAAAUUUUCUCAAUUUUUCUCAAUUCUUUGUUGCAGAUUCUAUAAAUUUCUCGCGCCAACGCUGCACAAGACCAACUUUGACACUGAAACCAAGCUGAAGCUCUACAUUAAAUACCGCAUCGCGAUUGACAAGACUUUUCUGGCACAGUGAGUGAAAAACCGAGGAUUUUUGAAUUAGUGGAGUAAAAUCGAUCAAUUUCAGACUGCAAAACUACGUGGACAUUGUCGUCGACGAAAACGGCAUCGUCAUCGACUAUUCGCUGCGCCAUGGCCUCAAACGCUCGAAUUCUGGCGUCGAGACGAGCGGACCGCUGCUUCCGCCGAAGAAACAGGUCCGUUUUGACAGCGGCAACGACGACGACGAGGAGGAAGAGGAUCUGAGGGUCGGAGAGAUGUCCGUCGAGCCGCCGAGACAUGUUUCGGUGAAAAUGGAGCCGAAACAGCUGCUUUCGGAGGACGGCGACGAGGAGGAAGACGAGCAGGAGGGAGAUCUGUACGAUGAGGAUCAGGAGGCGAUGCCAGCGCUCGCGAUCCAGCCGUACGUGCUCCCGGUCGCCCAGGAGAUCGUCCCAGUCGCUCCGAUCGAGCAGAUUGAGCAGGAACGCGAGCAAGAGCCGGCGGAUCCGUCGACUGGAUACGAUAUGAGCCACUUCGGCAUCGACAUGAGCUCGUUCUUCGCCUCACUUAAAGUAGCGGUCAUCGACUCGGCGAAGGCGACUCUUCACGACAUGGUAAACGAGAUGGUCGUCGCGAAGACCGCCGAGCUGAACAAGGAGAAGAGCAUGUCGGUGAAAACGUUGCUCGGAAGUCUCAAGGAGUGCGCGGAUGUGCUGGACUCGCCGGCUGCGGAGGACAUCCAGAAGCGCAUCGAGGACGCGCUCAGGAGCACUCAGGAGCAGGAAAAAGUGCUUUUUCUUGACGAUUUUCCACUAAAACCCCUAUUUUUCUAGAUACUGCCCGAAAAGGACGUCAUCUCGAUCAUCGACGUGGCGCUCAAAAUGAUGGGUCAUUAA